AAGCAGGAUAUUGAAUCCUCCGAUCAUUUAAGGACAGAGUUGACUUUAAUGUGGGGGAAUAGAAGUGAGAUGAAGGCAAACGGAGACGUACAGGAGAGGAAAAGAAAUACGGGGUUUCCUGGUGAUAUUUCUUGUGAGAAUUUAGGAAUACAAGAUAUCACUUUAAGAAAAGAAAUUUGGAGAAAUACAAAUAUAAUAGUAAACUGUGCUGCAACAACUAACUUUGAUGAAAGAUAUGAUGUUGCAUUCGCUAUCAAUACAAUGGGAGCUCUAAAUGUCUUAAACUUUGCAAAGUUAUGUCCAGCAGUAAAGAUGCUUCUCCAUGUUUCAACAGCUUAUGUGUGUGGUGAAGGAACUGGACACAUCAUGGAAGAACCAUUUUGCAUGGGUAAGAGUCUUAAUGGGACGUAUAAAUUAGACAUUGACAGUGAAAAGGAAUUGGUGGAUGAGAAAAUGAAGGAACUCCUUGUUGAUGGCAGAAGAGAAGGAAUUGCAUUUGCCAUGAAGGAGUUGGGCAUGGAAAGAGCAAAAUUUUAUGGAUGGCCAAACACAUAUGUAUUUACAAAGGCAAUGGGAGAGAUGCUUAUCGGCCAAUUCAAAGAUAACUUGCCAGUUGUUAUCAUACGCCCUACCAUGGUUACGAGUACUUUUAAAAAACCAUUUCCUGGUUGGAUUGAAGGUUUCAAAACAAUUGACAGCGUACUGGCUAGUUAUGGCAAAGGAAAAUUGAAAUGUUUCCUUGCCAGUCCUGAGUUAGUCCUUGAUGUGAUACCAGCAGAUAUGGUGGCAAAUGCAAUGAUUGUGUCCAUGGUAGCACAUCCAUAUCAACCCUGUGAUCGGAUAAUUUAUCAUAUUGGCUCCUCACUCAGAAAUCCUUUGAAAUUCUCCAGUCUUCGCGAUUUCACCACUCGUUACUUCACCAAAAAUCCAUGGAUUAAUAAAAAUGGGAAGCUUGUCAAGACUGGCAAGGUUACUAUGCUGAGCAGCAUGCCUACUUUUCUCUGUUACAUGAGAAUUCGAUUUCUUCUGCCAUUAAAGGGUCUAUAUUGGUUGGAUGCAAUUUUUUGUCAACAUUUUAAGAGAGUUUAUAUGGAUCUUGAUCGGAAAGUCAAAGUGGCAAUGCGAUUGGCGGAACUGUACAAACCCUAUUUAUUGUUUAAGGGCAUAUUCGAUGACAAAAAUUCAGAAAAAUUGCGAGUGGCAGCAAUGGAGAUGGGUUUAAAUGUGGAUGAGUUUGGAUUUGAUCCCAAAUGCAUUGACUGGGAAGAUUAUUUCAUCAACAUUCACCUUCCUGGCCUUGUACGAUAUGUAAUGAAACAAUAAAUUUUGCCGUUAAAUAUUUUAUAUGCUACUCUUUCUUAGUUGACAAUUGGUAUGAUGUAAUUGACUUUGAAUGUAAUGUCUUAACGAAUAAGAAGAGUUGUAUGCAUAAAAAAAAAAAGUAUUUAAUGAACUAGUUUGGGUAGUUGGUUUUAAAUUUUAUAUUUUCUAUAACAGAAUACUAAUAAAUGUUAACAGUCAGU